CUGUCAGAAUCCAGGAAGUGGGUCGGUGGCCGUUGUUUGUGUUCCUUGCUCAAGAUUUCUGUGCCCGUUUCUUCUCUUGUUUAAGGCGUUCACGGGCCGAAAUGGCAUCGUUUAUUUCUGUCCCGUUGAAAAAGUCCUCCGAGGUGGACCUGGUGAAGCCGCUGUCGAAGUUCGUUACAGCCUCCUAUCCAGAGGGCGAGGAGCAAUCAGAGUACCUCCGAGCCGUGGAGGAGUUGAACAAGCUCCGCAAGAGCGCGCUGGGAAGGCCGCUCGACAAACAUGAGAGCUCCUUGGAAAUCUUACUGAGAUACUACGAUCAGCUGUGCUCUAUUGAGCCCAAGUUUCCCUUCUCUGAAAACCAGCUCUGCCUAACCUUCACAUGGAAGGAUGCCUUCGAUAAAGGAUCCCUGUUCGGUGGCUCUGUCAAGCUCUCUUUGGCCAGUUUGGGCUACGAGAAGACCUGUGUGUUGUUCAACUGUGCAGCUCUGGCCAGUCAGAUCGCCACGGAGCAGAACAUUGAUAACGACGAGUGUCUCAAAGCUGCUGCUAAAUACUAUCAGUUGGCCAGUGGAGCAUUUAGUCACAUCAAGGACACAGUGCUCUCUGCAUUGAACAGAGAGCCUACCAUGGACAUCUGUCCUGAGACUGUAGGAACUCUGAGUACCAUCAUGCUGGCCCAAGCCCAGGAGGUCUUCUUCCUCAAAGCCACCUCAGACAGGAUGAAAGAUGCUGUGAUUGCAAAGCUGGCCAAUCAGGCUGCAGAUUACUACGGCGAAGCCUUCAAGCAGUGCCAGUACAAAGACAACCUUCCGAAGUAUUUUUAUUUUCAGGAAGUGCUGCCGGUGCUGGCGGCCAAGCACUCCGUCUUGCAGGCCAAUGCCGAGCUGCAUCAGAGUAUCCUUGCCAAGCAGAAGAAGCGUUUUGGGGAGGAGAUUGCUCGUCUGCAGCAUGCAGCAGAGCUGGUGAAGACUGUUGCAUCUCGCUACGAUGAGUACGUGAGCGUAAAGGACCUGACUGACAAGAUCAACCGAGCCCUCACUGCAGCCAAAAAGGAUAAUGACUUCAUCUACCACGACCGUGUGCCUGAAGUCAAAGACCUGGAGCAUAUCGGCAAGGCAGCGCUCGUCAAAGCUACUGCUAUCGCACCUCCACUCAGCCAGAAAUACACAGAUCUGUUUGAGAAGAUGGUUCCCAUGGCCGUACAGCAGUCCAUGGGCAUUUACGGUCAGAGGAAGGCCGAGACUGUGAACAAACUGGUGGGAAUGAUGAGGGAGGCCACCAAUCUCUGCAACGGAGUGCUGGCCUCUCUGAACCUGCCUGCUGCCCUGGAAGAUCUGUCUGGAGACUCUAUCCCACAAUCCAUUGCUGAGAAGUCUAGAAUGAUCGUGGAGCAGGGAGGGCUGCAGAACAUCGACAAGCUCAUCAAAGAUCUGCCUGAGCUGUUAACUCGUAACAGAGAGAUCCUGGAUGAGUCUCUGAAAAUGCUGGAUGAUGAAGAGACAACAGACAAUGAGCUGAGAACCAAGUUCAACCAGCGCUGGAGCAGAACCCCCUCAGGAGAUCUAUACAAACCCCUUCGUGCAGAGGGUAACGGCUUCCGCAACAUCCUGGACAAGGCAGUGCAUGCUGACCAGGUGGUAAAGGACCGCUACAAUGCCCAGUGCAACAUGAUCGCCCUGCUGUGUAAACCAGAGAACGAGCUCAACGCUGCCAUCCCCUCAGCCAACCCGACCAAGACACUGCAAGGCAGCGAGGUAGUGAAUGUGCUGCGCUCCCUGUUGGCCCAGCUGGACGAGGUGAAGAAAGAGAGGGAGACCCUGGAGGGGGAAAUCAAGUCUGUGACGUUCGAUAUGUCGACCACCUUCCUGAAGGCGCUCGCCCAGGACGGAGCCAUAAACGAAGAGCAGCUGUCCCUUUCCCAGCUCAACCAGUCGUACGGGAGCUACAACCAGAAGGUGUCGGCCAACCUCUCCAAACAGGAAGAGCUGCUGGGACAAGUUCAGACGGCCCACCAGGAGUUCAGCACCCUGAAGCAGUCCAACAACGAGGCCAACCAGAGGGAGGAGGUCCUAAAGAAACUGGCUUCUGCUCACGACAGCUACGUCGAGAUCUGCAACAACCUGCGUGAAGGCACCAAGUUCUACAACGACUUGACAGAACACCUGGUGAAGUUUCAGACCAAAUGCAGCGACAUCGUUUUCGCUCGCAAGACAGAGCGUGAUGAGCUGCUCAAGGACUUACAGCAGAGCAUCGCCCGAGAGCCCAGCGCUCCAGCCUUCAAUGUCCCUGCCUACCAGACCACCCCCGCAGCUCCUGCCCCGGGUCCAACCCCUGCUCCCAGAACAGUCUAUUCCCAACAACCUCAACAGGUCCAACAGCAGCCCCAGCAAAAACCUCAGCCUCCUUCCAGACCACCACCUCCCAGCUUCACCCCUCAGGCAGCCGCUGCCAACCCCACCAACCCAGCACCCACUGGCCCUCCUACCAAUAACCCUCCACCUAUGGCACCGCCCUCACAGGCACAGGGACCACCUUAUCCCACCUACCAAGGCUACCAAGGAUUCUACCAGAUGCCUAUGGGCUACAACCCUUACGCUUAUGGCCAGUACAACAUGCCCUACAUGCCCUACCAGGCAACCCCGGGGCAGGGAGGAUACCCAGGAGCCCCGCCAGCAGGACAGCCCUACCCUGGCUACCCACAACAGCCCCCCCAGCAGCAGCCCUACUACCCCCAACAAUAACUUUGCUCUUCAUCCCCUCAUCACUCCUCUCACAUGUUAACACCAAAUAAAGAAUAUCCUCAGCAAUAACACUUCAUUUCAAUCAUCCCCUCUUCAUCUUUAAGUUUUUCCUCACCAACAGCAGCUGCAGGACCUAGAGCUGCUUUGCACUUUUUUCUAAAAAUCCUCAGCUUUACUUUUUCCCCCCAUCGUUAUUUUAGAAAAACCCCUUUGUGUUUCAGUUUGCCAUUCUUUUUCAGUUUUUGAACCACACUUUUCCUAAACUAGUUCAUCUUUCUCCAGUCUACUAAUCCCUGCCACUUUCCUCCUGAGGUUAUUGGUUGAUCGUUUAAUUUAAACUCUAACCUGCUCUCUCUGAAACCUGCCUCCUUGAAUGAGCUGGACUGCUGUAAAAACACUCAUGAACGAAUCUCUGAUAGGCUCUUCCAUUUCCUGGUUUGGAGGGUUGUCUUGGUUUUCUGGGUGAGUGGUCAUUUCUAGCCCCUCCCUCGCCCAGUUAAUCAAACUUCACUGCUUUUCUGUCAACUAUAAUCCUAUUUUUAUAACAAAUACUGAUGCGCCUGCCUUGUAUAAAAACAGAUGGCCCUGUAGGUUUUUUCUAUUGUAGGUGAUGACGGAUGACGUUUUCUGUUUUCUUGCUUUUGUUCAGGAAAUGUGGGUUUAAUUGUGUUACAAUCAGAGGCUCUACAAGUGGGAGAAAUUAUUAUAUAAAUAUAUGUAUAAAUAAGACUGUAUGUGGUUAACCAAAAUAUCUGUGUGCUGCCCUCAUUCUCUGUUUUUAUUUUUAUUCCUCAGCUCUAAUGUGAUUUAAAAAAAAGAGAGAGAAAACAA